UGCAGCUACAUGGGCAAGUGCGAAUCAUCCAGGGCUUGGUCAUGUCCAAACUCAACAGGCUCACGCUCACCAAUACCUUCCGAGGCAAUGCCCACGUCGAGCAAAUUCUCGAGCCGUUUGUUUUCAGGAGGUCGAGCAUCAGUGGCAUCAAGCAGCUCGACCUGUUUAUGGAUUCGGCCGACUUCGAGCCCAGAUCCGUUAACCUCGCACAGCUCUUGGAGUCGUUCCAUGGCCUUGAGGCGCUUUACAUUGCUCGUCUCACCAUCAAGAGCUUGAGCCUUGCGGGGUGGAGCAGCAGGCACGCGCCACUGUGCGUGCACAUUGACACCUCCUACUCGAACAAGCGGGUGCCGUGCUGGGACAGUGACGAGAUCGAGUUUGUGCAGGAGCUCGUGGUGAGCAGCAGCUGUGUGACGCAGCUCGAAGUAACAGGCAUUGUGUGCAUUCAGGAGCCGGCUGAAUUUCGGCCCCUGGUGCCUCCGGCGAUCGUGGAGCUGGGCACAGCGUUCCCCGGUCGUGUCAAGGUGCAUCCCAUCCGCUUUGGCAUGCCACCGCGCUGCGGCGUUGUCUGGCGCUGCAUGAAGCCCAAGCUUGAUUGGGAGGCGCCCUACACUGCAAUCCACCACCGGUGUGCAGGUUUCGACGAGAACACGGAGGCGUGUGCGUGAACAAGCGCCUCCUGGUCAACGUCAGCGUUGGCAAUCUGCCACCGGUCAACGCAUUUGAGACUAGAGGUGGAGCAUCUACGCGGCGAGCGGGAAGAAGUUUGCGGGUGUGGUUCAGCUGCUGGUGUAUCGAAAUGCCAAGCCAGCAGCCGGGAGAUCGCCCGAUGAGAUCGAAGAUGGCGUGGGAAUGAAACCUCAUAAGGUGGCCGAGUUGCGAGGAGUGAAGGAGCAAGCCCGGCCAUCGUCUUUGUGGGGAUGCGACACAUUACAUCCACGCAGAGCUCCAGAUGAUCGAGAGCAAGCGUCGCCCGUCACAUGUCUUUGGGCGACGCCACAGAGUUUCCAUCCAAGUGGCACAAGCUUAUUGGGAAUGACAGAUCGUGAAGGCUCAUAUGAAAGAUUUGUCUACGUCGAAGUUGAAGGUGAGUUUUCUUAAGAGUUUUUUCUUUGAAAACAAUAAAGUCUAGCUUGGAACAGGAAUAAUAAUACAAUGAGUUGUCCAGGA